ACCGUUUUCAUUUACCAGUCAAGGUUGAUCACUCGGCAGGAGCGAACGGAAGCAAACGACCGCACCGGUUGUAUCCGGACGACGUCGGAUGGCCCGUAGUACGCGUAGCUUUCUUGCACUGUGUGCCCUUCCUUUGCUUUUGCUUGGCAAAACGGACCGUACCUACGAUCUACGGCGACGCAGUGCUUGUUUUUGGUGUGUUGAAAACAAACCCGCCAUCCCUCCCUCGACCCGCAUAUGAAAGAAAGCAAAGGAAAAUGUACCGUGCACCAGCCGGGCGAAAGUGCAACCGCGUGCGCGUGUGUUUAUGUGCGUGACCGGCCAUUAGCAAAAAUCUUCUUGCGUACCAAACGAAAAACGGCAAAUGGAAAGGCAAGUGUGGUGAUACGCACGACGAUGCGUGUUGUUGUUGACCCGUUGACCCCGCACAAUUUUCCCACGGCCAUGGUAAGGGUAGGGGGUGGUUAUUGGGAGGGUUGAAAGGUGUGCAAAAUUAACCCUCCCCCAAUGCGGUACGGAAAGUCAUCGCACAAAACCUGAGGGCGAAGCAGUGCAUAUGUGUGUGUGUGUGUGUAUGCGGUUUGGUCAUCGCGCGCGCGUGUAUCUGUGUUGCCGCAAAAGUGUAUGUGUGCGUCGCAAGGUUUGUGUACGCGAGUGAGUGUUUUUUUGCGUGCGCAAAAGAUAAAGAAAGCCCCCCCAACAAAAAGAAAAAUGAAAGAAAAUUCCGAAUGAAAGAGAAAAACCAAAAAGCGCAAAACAGCUGGAACGGAAAUCGCUUUCCGCUUGUUUGUUUCCGUGGGGGGCACAAACGAGCGUUUGUGGCGUGAUGGUCGCGCUAUUGAAAAAUGUGAUUUGUGAAGAAAGAAAGUAAAUAAUUAAAAAUAAAAAAACGGGUUUCCGCACAAGGAAAUCGGGCCAAUUUCGGUCCCAAAAACGGAACGAGGCGGUUGAUACCUGUCCACAAGCUACGCGUACUGCGUCACUUGCGUCGUCCGUUUUGCAGCCGGUCGUCGUUGGCUUAUUGUUCGCUCCUGCCUUGGUCAUCUUCCUUGAAAAAAGAAAAAGAAAAACGAACCACCUAGGGAUACCGAUCCCUUUUUGGUGAAAAGAUGUCGGCGUGUGUGAAUUUUCCCAUCCCUUUAACCGCCAGACCGGGACACAACUCCCCUUUGGGGCUGGGUCAGGGAACAAAAGGGAAUCGAUGAGAUGAUUUAAAAUAAAACAAACCGAGGAUACGUUAGUACGUUUGUGUUACGAUUGGUUUCUAUCGUUCGUUCGGGGUUUCGGUUCUGUUUUUCUCUCUCUGUCACGUCGUUCCCUUCUCGUGGUGCAUCACCGUCCGCAGGGUGAUGCAACGUUGGAACGUUGGGAAAGUGUUUGAAAUAAUCAAUUUUAUUUCGCAAGCUACAGUAACCCACUGCAAAGCGCUACUGAAAACCGAAAUGAAUGAAAUCAUCAUUCUGAGCGAGGGUUACUCGAAGUAUGAGGAGGAACCGACCUCAAAGCCGGACGCCCCGAUGCUGGCUAACUGCACCUGCACCCUGAUCAAAGGCCCCGAUUGCAACGUAAUCGUCGAUACGAUGACACCUUGGGAUGGCGAUCUGCUUUUGCAGCGACUGCAGGAGCAUCAGCUGCAUCCGGACGACAUCGACUACGUCGUGAGCACACAUGGACAUUCCGACCAUCUGGGGAAUAAUAACCUUUUCCUGCGGGCGAAGAGGCACAUCGUUGGCACUAAUAUUUCCCACCGGAAUCGUUACUACGUCCAUGAUUUCGACGCCGCACCUUUCCGGCUAACGGAUGAUAUCGAAAUUCAGGCCACACCGGGCCACACAAUGUCCUGCGUGACGGUGCUGGUAGCAAGAAGCAACCUAUCCCCCGAUGGAGAACUACCGGUUGCAAUAGUGGGCGAUCUGUUCGAGCGACAGCAGGAUAUCGAUGACGAGCGGCUGUGGCUUGAUGCGGGCAGUGAGGAUGCCCGUGCCCAACGGUUCCAUCGGGCCCGCAUUGCUAACCGAGCCGAAUGGAUCAUCCCGGGUCAUGGUGGCCUGUUCCGUGUGGACGCAUCGGUACGUGAAAAGCUCAAACAUCAGGCAGAACCCGAAACGAUGGACAGUGUUAUGUAAUGGAAGCUAGAAAAUGGCGGUAAACAUGGUAGCUUGCGGUAAAUUGAUUGGUAUUGAUGUUUUGGAAAGUCGAACCGAGAUGGGAUGAAACUUGCUUCAAUUAAGCAAGCUUUUUGGGAUCGUUGGGAAAACGAUGUAAAACCUGGGAGGGGAGUUAAUGUUUGUUUCUGAUCCGUUCAUAUUAUUAUACGUGCUGUUUGUUGAACAUUUUUAUCAUGUGUUUAGCUAAAUUACACUGCACGCGCAUUUGUAAACGCCUGCGAGCAAAAUGGUUAUGUUUAAAAAGUGGUUUCAUAUAUUGGUUCCAUAUUUAGAAAACAAAAAACAAAGAAAUGAUACAGUUUUAAUGUUGCAACAUAAGAGAAACAAUGCUAUGCAAAAGAGCAAAAGAAAUAUUAAUAUAAGUGAACUAUUACAAUAUGAUUAUUAUCCGUGUAUACUUGGACAAAUGAAAUGCUAUCAUUGUGAAUUACAAAUUAUCGAUUGUUCGUUCAUAGUGUUGUUCAUGUUUAAUGGCAAGCAAGACAAAGCAAACAAAACAUACACACAAACAAAAGAAAACAAAAACACAGCAAGUAAAUUAAUUCUCCCAUAUGGAUUACCAUACCAACCUCCCCCAAAAAAAAAGGGAUAUGAUGUGUUAUAUAAUUAAAAAACAAACAAAAAAUCGGGUUAUAUAUGCCCGGUUAAACAAGAUCCAGUUACUAAUUGUUAGUGCAGCGUUGAUUGUUGUUUGUGUCGAGUGAAACGUUUCUGUUUUUCAAUGUUUUUUUCCACCGUUUUCUGCCGUAUCGUUAUGCAGACGCCAGUGGCGUGACUGCAAGCCACUGUUAGCCACUGUUGCAGUAACACUCCAUUUUUUUUCACCGUUUGAAACAUGUUUGAUGCAACGAGCAGACGUUGGGUAGCACUUGAUUGCGUUGCCCGAAGAUGGUUGAUGGUUAAGUUUAGCAAAAGAGACAGAGAGAGAGAGUGAAGAGCUUGAAGGCAACAUUAUUCGUCUGCCAAGGAAAGUGGGCAUACCAUUUGCAAAGCGAAGAGAUGAGCUUCGUUUGAAGUGGAAUUGGUAGCAUGAAGUGGUUGUGCAGUUCAGCAGAGAAUCAUUUGGUUUUCAGAGCUGGGUGAAGGUGAAUCGAACGCUUACUGAAUGAUCGCUUUUUACCGCUUAUUUCCGUAUCCUUACCGGUUUUUGCUGAUCGAACAUACUUGUGCAAAGCCGGAAAUUGAUGUGGGCCACCCACUCGGGGGGAUGUAACCCCAAAAACCAAUGUUGCACCCGGUUGCACCCGGUUCGAGGUACGAUAAGACAAGCGAUGCACAUCGGUGUGCAAAUAUUAGAAGAGAUUAGAACAAAAAUGAAAAAAAAACACACACACCCUACCAAAUGUUCUUAACGGACGGACGGCAUCACAUGCUGAAUGUUGCAGACGCAAGCUUUAUGAAAACAAAACUUACAUAAGUAUGCUUUAUUGGUAAAUGGAGAAGAAAACUGAAAAGAAGUCGAACAAAAGAAGAAAAAAAAACCAAAAACCUAGCUUUCAAUACGAAAGAAGCAUAUGAUUGGGUAGUGGGAGCAGUGGAAAAAGCUACAGAGCAUACACAAUUUACAUAAUACACGAUAUUAAAUAAGCAGUUUAUUGAUCAUACAUGUAAACGUUAGUGGACUUAGAGUUUCAAAAGUUUCUUAAAAAUACAAGCGAACGGAAGGAAGCAAAAAACAAACAACCACAACAACACACACACACACACACACUCAACAUUCAACCAGACACAGACAAAAACGGGCAAUGCAUACAGUAAGAAAACCGUAAAGUAGUUAAACCGUAUUCUAAACGGUGAAAGGUACACGAAACAGAAGAAAAGAAAAGAAGGAAAACCAUACACAAACAUUCACAAAAAACACACAAACAAAAUAACGGGAAACCAAUGGUACCAAUUUUGAAAUGGUUGUGCAAAGUAAACAAACAAACAAACAAAAAGGAAACUACCCAAUCCCGCUAGGGGAUCCCGCUACAUGAUCUUGCAGCAAGCCAAGCAGAGCAGUUCUAGUGAACGGUAGAUGAGAACAUAAAGCAAACAAAAACACAUAAUAGCAAACAUGAAGAAGUAGAGCAAGAAGAAAAACAAAAUACAUUAACAGACAUUACAAACAACAUACAAACACACACAACAAAAAGCAGAUAUAUCCUAUACACAUUUGAAAUCUAUGGGCUUACGAACAGGGUUCGCUGGUGCCGCACUUCAGCCGUUUUCCUUCUGCUUAAACAAGGGAACAGAAGGACGCUGAAGGGCCGGUCACACACACCUGAUGCCUUCUUUACGAUGCUUCUACCGAUUUGCCAACUUUUUGAGACAAUGCCACAAACACAAACACAAAUGCUCCACACAGAAACAAAGGAAAGUAGUGCGAGGCUUACAGUUUAGGAAAAGUCUCUAGGAAUAGUUGUUUUGUCUGGAACACACUAAAUAAACACCGAACAGAGUUCACACAAAGCGAAAGCUUUUAUACACCACACAUGCAAACAAAGAAAGAAAAAAAACGAUCGCGUCGAACGCUGGACAAGCGUCAUUUAUACACAAAAAAACACAUACACCCACACGGAUAUAUACAGCAAAAAAAAGAACCGUAAAUGCAUAACUCUACGUAUAAUGGAUGUUUAGUUCUUAAAAAACAAACAAAAGAAACAAGCAAGCAAAUUACAAGCAAAAAAAAGUAAUAAUAAUCGAAUAAGAGUUAUAUAUAUACAUAUAUAUUAAACAACAAAGCAAAGUAAUCAUCAUCAUGAAUCAUCCAACUCAUCCAACAGUAAUUAAAAAAAAAAAGUAGACGUUUAGUGCAAUAAACCCCCGAACAAAAAAACAAACAAAAGAUAUAGGCGUAUAAGGUUAACAUCGUCGUUGUGCGGACAGUUUCGCCGGCAAAUAAGAUCACUGGUCCGGGCGAAAUGGCGCACAAAAUGUACACCACUUGGAUCCGAAAACUUCUAGUCGAUAAGGAAAGAGAAAACCCCUGGCAAACAAAUAAGAAGAAUAAGAUGAUAAAAGCAAACUACUGGCAAGUAAUGACGUUUAUGAUAAGAACCUUUAAGAUUAGACAACAGUAAACGUUACGAGUAGAUGUAAGAGAGAACGAGAGAGUGUGUGUGUGUUAUAGCAUGAUUAGUACGAGUUUUUCUCCACUGGCCGUUCAAAGCCGGCGGUGGAGAAAGCCUGGCAAACACGAUUUUCUACUAAAGAAUAUUUAUUCGUACAACAUAUUAUAUACAUACACGUAUAUAUACAAACAUAUAUAUAUGGAUAUACAAAAGCAAAACUUAAAAAAAGCGAUAAAGUGCAUGUAGGCCCUUUAAGUAGAAAUGGCGUUAGAGAGCUAUUAAGAAACAGCAUAAUGCGAUAAAGAAGAAGAAGAAGAAGAAAAAAAAAGAACACACACACACCGAAAACAGAACAUGUUUAAUUGUUUCCUAUAAACACAAUGUAAGCAAAAUCACACAAACACACAAACACACACUUAACCAAAUGCAAAACUGAUUUAAUGAUGAUGAUGAUAAUGUUCAACCAACACAGGCAAACGCAGGCAUACUCUUGUCCAGUGUGGCCACCCUGAACCACCAUUUGCAAAAUGGUCAUGGGGGAGUAUAAAGAUAGAACCGGCUAUAAAAAAGAAGGCCAUUGUAUGGAAAACUCUCGUUUGAGAAGGGGGUGAUGAGAAUUAAAAAGGAAAGCAUAACAUGUAGGUCACACAUGUUACGAUCACAAUAGGAAUGUUGUUGUCAUAUUAAGAAUGGUACAAUGUUGUAAAGAGAAACAUAGGGGGAAAGUUAGAUGGAAAGGGUAAACACACUUAAAACAAUAAUUCGACCGCUAGAAUAGUGACGAAUACGGUGGGGUGGUAUGGUGGGCAAGGGAAAAAAGGGUAAAUACCCUUCUUUUCCCUUCCUUCAUAAGUUGCCCCCCUCAAGUGCUCUGGAGCUUUGAUGUUUGUGUUGCUGUUUGAAAACAGAACGAGAGACAUGGGAAAGUGACAAGAGCGGGAUGCUCGGGAGUUAUAAAAAUAAUCAAUAAAUAAAACAAAAGAAAAGCCCAUUUCCACGCCCCUAGCUGGCGAUGUAGCGUAGUGUUUAUGAAAGUGUGUCAGAUGAAGCAUAAACAAAACUUAAAAACAAGACACACGAAACAAAACAAAAAAAAACAAUGCGUAGAACUAAACACUAUUUCAAAAUCUAAUAUGACUAACGUAGCAUAUGAUUAUUCUAUCAGUUUGUCACAAGUAUGUGUUAUUGUUAGGAUUGCGCUAAAAAAAAAGAAAGAACCAGACAAUGGGGAACAUUGGAUAAUAAUGUUGAAUUGUAAAACCAAUUAAAGUAAUGCGCAAAAAAAAGAAAUAUAUAUAUACAUAAAUGAAUACACAACCAUAUAUAUAUAUAUACAUUAUACAUGUAAACGAAAGACGUUACAGUGGGGUGAGUAGUAGUGCAAACAUUUGUUUGAAAAGACAAAUGAAAGCAACAAACCAACACAUAUAAAAAAAAACUACAUUUAAAAAAGAAAAACCAACACAGUAUAUCUUUACGGCAAACAAUAGAUUGAAACUGAUGCUAUAUUGAUGAAGAACGAAACAGAACAAAAAAAAAGAAUCCCAAAGAAACACUCCGAUUUUUCAAAUCGUUUUCAAUCGUCGUAGCUUGACAAAUGAUGGGAAAGCAGUAAUUGAUGCAUUAUUUAAGCUUGUACUUGUUAAACGCGAGAAAGCGCAGCCACACACACAAACACACAAAAACAGAUACAUACCGAAACAAUACACAUCCAUAAAACACCACUAACACAGUGUGCUGGUCAGCCCUCAGAAACACACCACAAUAGACAAACCAAAACACACAGAAACAAUGUAGGAACGCUGAAGAAAGGUUUAAGAAAUGGAUUAAGUGCUAAAACAAAACACUACUAUUUAGCUAUUACACAUUAAACCAACUUUAAAUGAUGGAAAUGUGGUUAAAAAGGGAAGUGGAAAACAAUUUCCCCUUCCCGGUUGCUGAAGUUUUGUGAGUUAUGAAAUAUGCAGUAGCAAAACUAAAAAGAAAGCGUUACAGUUGAACACAAAACAGACCCACAAACAUUGUUAAGUAUGUAUUCGAACGCAUGUUACAGUUCAGAGGAAAGCAGAAGAACGAAGAAGAAAAAAAACGUGUGAGCAAAAAGAAUGAUUACAUAAAUCACACACAGAAGACGAAAGAAGAAAAAAAAACACUCACAAACAUACAAUUUUAGGAAAGAGCUGAAAUUUGGUGUCAAAAAUAACACCAGAUUUUUUCUGUUUGUUUUGGGAAAAACAGCAACAUCGCACUCGCACGCCAACACUGCUAUAAUCAGGCGGAAAGAAAGUGGCAAUGAACGCUAGAAAAGCAAUCAAGCUAGAGAGCAAAAGAAAUGUGUGACAUAAUGCACAAUAAAGCCCCGGCAGAUAAAUAAGCGCGUACCAUCCGGGUGUGAUGAUGUGACAAAAUGGUAGCAAGCAAGAAAAAAAAACGAAAUACAAUCAGGUGAUAAAAACAACAUCCAUCACAAACUGAAGAUGAAGGACAUGCGGCCAAACAUAACGUUUUGCAAGCGAUUGCGGUAACGUUUGUCACACACACACACAUGACAGUGAAGGUAGAUGGAAAGGAAGAGAAAGAGCAAAACAAAAAAGGGAGCUUACACAGCUUACAAAUAACAAACCUAAUGAUAACGGAGAGCGAGAUGAUGUAAUGGGAAGUGCAAAAAGCAGCAGCAACGGUAACAAUGUGCAACGUUGUGGACCAUAACAGGAAAGAAAACUGUCAAAUUGAACAUGAAAAAAUAACACACGCACACAUAAACAAAAAAACACUAUACCGCAGUGAAAAUAGUAAAAGAAGCAACAACAACAGAGAAAAAAAAUCAAUGCACAAAAAAUGAAACCAGCAUACAGGAGCAUAUAUUACAGGAAUAUAGAUUGCUACAUCACAAAAUGAAAAAAGAAAACAAACAAGAGAAGCACAGCAAAGAAGCAACAAAAAAAACAAGGAAACCAACAACAGCAAAAGAUAAUUCACAUAUAUCAGCGCACAACAGACCACCCGAUACCCGGUGGGUGUGAUUGCUUUUGCCGGCACGCUACCAAAAUGCAGCCCGGAAAAAUGAUUAAUUGAAAUUCACAAUGUCAUCAAGCAAAACGACAUCAUCGACAAAACAGACAUCACAGCCCAGACACACACAGACAGUAAUCAACCAUAUUUUUGGCCGCAGAAAAAAACAACAACAACAAUUCCAGUGCUUAAUAGAUAAAGAAAAAUGGAAAGGAAAAGAAAGAAAAGGAAAAAAAACACACACACAACAACAAAUAAGAAAAAUGGGAAAGAAACAACAUGAAAAAGGAAAGCAUGAAAAAUAGAAAAAGAAAUGUGUUAAGUAUGGGAAAAGUACCGGAAAUGGCUAAACACAAUCAUACGCCCCGGUAUCUGGAAACAGUUGUAAAACGUUAAAAACCCAAGAACAAGAAAAGAAGAAACAAAAACACAAAACACAACCAAAAAAGGCACAA